CGUACGAAUGAUGAACUGUUAAAUUGGAAAUUCAUCUCAUAAAAAAUAUUCAUGAACAUCGAAAAUAUUUAAACAAUUCAUGUGCGAUUUAUUAACGAUUAAGACGACUUAUCAAUGGCAUGAUAAUAGCUUCGAACGAAUUUAAUAAUAUCCUUGUAAAAAAUUUGUUUGGUCUGAUGAUAAAAAUGUGUGUGAUAUUUUUAAUUAAUCCAACAAAAUAUGUGAAAUGUGCACGCAUUGGAGAUUUAUUACCGGCAGAAAAGGCCAUGGGAAUAAAUUUAAAAUUGCAGAGAAUGUGUAAUUCGUUAACACUUGUGGAUCGGUGUCCCAAUGAAAAUAUAACUUUCUGGUUACACACUAGAGAUUCCAUAGAACCAUAUCAACUCAAGGAAUUAUCCACAAACUCGUUCAAGAAAGCACCAUUUUUCCCAAAAGUCCCAAUUAAAAUUCUCGUUCACGGUUACGCUGGAAAUAAGCAUGGUACUCCUAAUUUGGAGCUUAAACCAGGUAGUUUUGGUAAUAUAACAAUAAGAUGUGGUAAUGUUGAGUUUGUAGAAUAUCUUAAAAAAGGUUACAAUGUUAUCUCCAUGGAUUAUGGACCAGUAGUUAAACAUCCGUGUAAUUUGCAAUGCGUUAGAAAUUUGGAUGUAGCAGGAAAAUGUUUAGCAAAUUUUAUUAGGACGCUAUUAAGAAAGAAGAUCAAACGAAGAAAAUGUAAAAUUAAAAGAUCCGAUAUACAUCUCCUUGGAUUUGGGAUAGGCGCUCAAGUGGCUGCUAAGGCUGCAGAAUCAAUAAAGAAAACUGUGGGUUCUUUACCUCGUGUAACCGCUUUAGAUCCUGCUCUUCCAUUAUUUUAUGGCGUAAAACCUUCUCUAUCGAAAAAAAUAGCAGAUUUCGUUGACGUUAUUCACACAGCAACUGUGUUGUAUGCUUAUUUAGCGCCUAGCGGACAUAGUGACUAUUUCGUAAAUACGGCUAUUUGCCAAGGAGAAUGUACAGUGACCGUGUCAUGUACACGAGGAAUGUCUGCAGUUUAUUAUGCAGAGUCCAUUAACGGUGAAGGGCAAUUUUGUGGUUUUGACUUGUUUGUAAGUGGAAAUAGGGUAGCCAUGGGCGAAAAAGCAACGAAAAAUGUAACCGGAUCGUUUGGAGUAUUCACCAACCCAACAUCACCAUACGCACGUGGAUGUCACGAAGUGGAUCGUUGAUCUUGCAUAAUAAUAUGUAGGUGUAAGAUAACUGUAGGGUUAUGAUAAUAAAGAUUUGAUUUAAUUAUUUUGUAACAGCAAAAUAAUAACCUAGCUUUUGACAUUUUAUUUUUUUGUCAAAGUCGGUAUUUCUUAUCAAUGUGAGUAGUAUUUAAUUCACGUUAAAUAUGAUACAGGGAUGUGAUCAUACUGGUAUAAUAUGAACCUGUUUUACGUGAAAUGCGAAUCCCAGUGCCUCGAUUAUUACCACUUUAUCUGAUAUACACAUUUUCCAUAUUACCGGUAACGAGAGGCGAGUUCGAGGCGAAAGUUGAUCAAUAUUGCGACAAGUUCCUGUUGAACAAUAGCCGUAAUUGUAGGAGAUUAACUGAUUACUAUUUGUACGUCAAGUAAGACCGUAUCAAUCCGAGUAUCGUCUAAACACCGACAAGCACAGCGUGAGGUAUGCUCCUUUUACUCCUAACGUUCCAAUUAAGAUUAUUUUGCACGGCUUUAAUGAAUCUUAUCGUUCUACACCAAACAAAGAAAUAAGACCAGAAUAUUUGCACGAAGGUUACAAUGUGAUUUCGGCGGAUUUCUCCCAAUAUGUACAAUACCCGUGUUAUAGAGUGGCUGCUUACAAUGUGAGGAUACUGGGAGAGUGCUUUGGAAAAUUCUUAAAAUACAUGUUAAGAACCAAAGUGGAGGCUAGGAAAAUCGAUAAAACUGAUUUACAUGUGAUUGGUUAUAAUUUAGGAGCGCAAAUAGCGGGGAAAGGGAGUAAAACCUUGAGGAAGAAUAAUCGUUUACGAAGAUUCACUGCUUUAGAUCCAAUAUUACCAAUAUUUUACGACGAAGAUAAUUACGUGUGUCCUGAAUGCGCAGAUUUCGUUGAUGUUAUUCAUACAAACACUAAAAUGCGUAAAAAAUUGAAACAUUUGGGACAUGUUGAUUUUUAUUUUAAUAAUCCACUUUUCACUAAAGACGUCUCUAUUACUAAUCCAAGAUGUUUCACCUCAUCAUCGCCUCGUUAUUUUGGUGAAUCCAUCAGUGAAGUUCCGUAUUAUCGUAAUUCAAACGCAUAUCUUAGUGGAAGUAAAGUUAUUGUAGGAGAAUGGACAUCAUAUGAGUUAAUAUAAUAUGGUUUGUUUAACUUUAAUACUUUAAUAAAAAGUUUUUAGGACAAGAGGGGUUUAUGGUGUUUACACCACUAAUGAUUCGGUUGAUAAGUAUAGUUCUUUGCCUUCUUCUAAAAAAAUUAUUGGUGUGUAUAAAAUAUCUAAUCUUGAAAUAAGUGAUAAAACGUAAUAAAUUUAAAGCAAAUCUGUUAAUUUAAGAAAAAAAUAAAAUAAUAUCUUUUUA